CUGGGUUACCGUCCAGACAGAUUACUACGCUACCGGAAUACAGAAACCAGCCUGAGAACAACGGGUGAGCCAUUUCUCAUCUCAUUUGGAGGUGGAGUAGCGGCUAGAAUAGCUUUAUUUUUUGUGUUCUGGUCCAAUGGAGGCAGCGGUACUGAACCACUCGAUAAUGACCGAGGUCGACUGUAACAGCAACACCUUGAACGCCGAGUUAGAGGUGAAGAAGCUGCAGGAGCUGGUCCGGAAGCUGGAGCGGCAGAAUGAGCAGCUGCGGACCCGGGCGAGUAGCUGCUCCGGCAGCCCGCAGGUGCUUCCUCCAUCCUCGGCGUGCGUGCUCGGCAGCGCCGGGGGAUACCCCCUCCCCAGCCCGCUGCCCACCUUGCUGUGUCAGUCGUCCUUGGAGGCAUUCGUGCCCCCGGAGGAGCCUUUCGACUAUUUCCAGCCGCACUCCGGUGGGGAUGGAGCAACUGCUGCUGCGGGGGAGGAGGCGGAGGACGGAUCCGAGCCGUCGCUUCUGGACGAGCUGGAACUUUUGGAUUUUGAUUCUCUGUGCUGCUCAGACGAGUCUGAUGAAACAUGGUUGUACGUGCCAUCAAAAGCCAGAGAGCCCACAGCUGGCUCCCUCACACCUCUGCAGUGGUGCCGGCAGGUUCUGGACAAAUCAGAGGUGGAGGUCGCCAGGAGAUCGCUGUCCCUUCGCCUGGAACAAGUGUCCAGGUGGCGUAGCUCCCUUUCCAGCCCUUCUCCCACCUCCUCCCCCGGCCCUCCCCUGAGUCGAGUGGCCGGAGUGUCACCCAUCAGCUCUUCUCCGUCAGCCAAACCCUGCUCCACUCCCCAGUCGGCUGAAAGACAUGUUCCAGCCCUCUCCUCCCCGCUCCACCCGGUCCUCCAUCGGACGCUGAGCCCUGUAGGGAAGGAUCUGUCCCCUGUUUCGGAGAGGACUCCCACCUUCUUCCCCGCCAACCGCAGCCGCAGCCUCCGGCGCUGCGCCCUCAGUCUUCAGUCAUCCGUGGACAGUGACCUCGGUUCUUCAGAGGUGGAGGACGACUCCAUCACCCUGGGAUACAAACUGCAGGACCUCACCGAUGUCCAGGUUAUGGCCCGACUGCAGGAGGAGAGUCUAAGACAGGACUACGCCAGCACGUCGUCCGUCCUGGCCAACCGCCGCAGCCAGAGCUUCACCUUCCAGCUCAGCCAGCUCAGCGCCGGCCUCGACCUGGAGGAGGAAGACGAGGACGACGAAGACUACGGCCUCCUGCCCCCACCGCAGCCGCGCCUCACCCGCCUCCCGCACUCCCACACUUUCUCCAGCAUCCGAGACUGGCGAAGAAGCACCAGCUCCCUGUCCACCCCGCCUUCCACCCCCUCCACUCCGCCUUACCCCUCCGCAGGGUUCGCCUUCCAACCUCAGCCCCUGGGCCUGGGGCUGGGGCUGGGGCUGGGGCUGGGCAGCCCCUGCGCAGCCGAGCAGCACAGCUUCCGACCAGGAUCAGCCGAAUAUGAGAAUAAGCUGCGGAGGAGCAUGCCUAACCUUGUCAGAGCUCCCAGCAUGCCUAGUGUGCCCAUUCCAACCAAUCCUAGUGCUUCUCCUUCUUUGCUUCGUAACAGCCAGAGUUUUGAUUCGUCCAGUGGGCUGGCUCGACUGCAGUCCUUCAUCCCCUCCCCAGGCCAGCUGCAGAACAGGGUCCAGAGCGUCGGGAACUUCUCCACGUUGUCACGGCAGCCGCUGAAGGCCACCGCCUACGUCAGCCCCACCAUCAAGGGCUCGGCCCCCACGCCGGCCUCCACCAGCCUCCAGUGUCUGAACGUCAGCAGCGGGGGGAGCAGCGGGGUUGCCACGGGCAUCCCUAUGCUCAGUAAACCUCCGGGCGGAGCAGGGCCGCCGACUUCCACCCCAAACACGCCACGCAGCAGCCUGCCCCGCCCCGCCUCCUUUGUUGGCACCCCAAGCUCCACCCCCCGCAGCAAGGGCCAACCAGCGCGGAGUUUACUGACGCCUCCAAAGAGCCUGUCCACCCUCAGUGCCCUUCGUGACAGCAGCUGGAGGGACGGCUGCUACUGAUGGAUGGAUGGACUGGUGGAAACCCCGCUGGCUCGGGUAACUCGCCACACCUCAACAUAAAGCUUUUCCUUGGGGAUGUUUGAAUGGGUUUGACCAAAAAGUAACUGUAACCUUAAAUCUGCUUAAGUCCUGCAUAGAAGAGUUCUCCAAAAGGGCCACAAGUGAACUGAUCUCUCGUGUCAUCCAUUGAAUUCUAUGCAGAAUUUCUUCGGGGAAGGCGGGAUGUCUUUUUUCUGGAUUUGAGUGUAUGCAGAUCAGGUCUAAUUUUACCGACAGCUUGACGCUCCUGAGUUUGGUCCGUGCCAAGGGGGAGUUGUUCCCUGUUGCUCUUGUGCAAUAAACCACUGGCUGUAGGGUACCAGUAGUACUAACCUGCUAAAGAGGCCUGCCACUUUUUAUAAAUAAAGAGCCUCACAAUACUGUACGUAUUUAUAUAUUUAUUUUAAAUACCUUUUUUUUUUAACUAAUCAGGUGUUUUCCCUCUGGCAACAAGCGCCAAAGAUGCUGCUAAAAUGAAUCCGUCCCUGUUGGUUUGGGCACAUUUGGUCUCAUUUUUACAAGGUCUACUGUAUGUAUCUGUGUACAAAGCUUACUAUUAAAUGGCUAUUUAUAUAAAUAUA